AUGGAGGAGUUCUAAGCUAUGUUCCUCUGCUCUGACUGCAGGGUCGACCUGGUCGUUCACUCGCUGAAAGAUCUGCCCACCACCCUGCCUGCAGGAUUCACCAUCGGAGCCGUGCUGAAGAGGGAGAACCCCCAUGAUGCAGUGGUGCUCCACCCAAACCAUGCAGGGAAAACUCUGGACAGUCUGCCAGAGAAAAGUGUGAUUGGCACGAGUUCAUUACGGCGAGCUGCCCAGCUGAAGAAGAGGUUUCCCCACCUGGAGUUCAAAGAUAUCCGCGGGAAUUUGAACACUCGUCUGAAGAAGUUGGACGAGAAGGACGACUUUGCUGCCAUCAUUCUGGCGGCUGCCGGCCUCAAGCGGAUGGGAUGGGAGGACCGAAUCAGCCUGAUCCUGGAGCCUGAAGACUGCAUGUAUGCUGUUGGACAGGGAGCUUUAGCCGUAGAGGUCCGGGCCAGAGAUGUAGAUAUCCUGGAGAUGGUGUCUGUCCUCCAUGACCCGGAUACUGUGCUGCGCUGCAUCGCUGAGAGAGCUUUCCUCAAACAGCUGGAGGGCGGCUGCAGCGUUCCUGUGGCUGUGCACACCGAGGUGAAGGACUCCCAGCUCUACCUGACCGGUGCCGUUUACAGCCUGGAUGGAUCAGAGAGUCUGAAGGAAACCAUGGAGACCAGCAUCGCCGCUGGCGACGAGCAGAGCCGGGAGAAGGUGGACGAGCAGAUCCAGAGGGUGGGAGUCACAGCCCUCAAACUGCCGGCUGCUUCUCAGGACGCGGCCGAGCGGCUGGGCGUCGACCUCGCCAACCUACUGCUGAACAAAGGAGCCAAGGAGAUCCUGACGGUGGCCCGGCAGCUCAACGACGCCAGAUAAUCCCGUCCCCGAGAGAAGGGACCCCAGUCUGUCUGCAUGGCCUCGUUUCAAGUCUAAACGCCACCUCCUCCUCAUGUGACAUGAUGUACGGCGUUCAAACACUACUUGAAGCAGAGCUGUUCUCAGAGCAUCAGUUUGUCUGGAGUCCCUUCUGUCUGUGGCUGCUUGUCUGUAUUACCUCAUCUCCUUAACCACUCAGAUCAGCCCACUGAGAUCAUCAGAGAGGAACACAUGAUUGCCUUCAGACUUUAUAGUCAGGGUCGUCUUCAACCAGAGAGAGAGCAUGAGCACGGGUGAAGGAUGUGUUACGUCCAUCCCUGUUCCUCAGAAACAGAAUAAAAACAAUAAAUCAGGCCCUUUUCAGAACCUCAUGUUCUGAGUGCAGUGUUUUUACCCCAGGCAGACUUCCUCUUUAGGAGAGGAAAUACGAGUCCCGGCGAGCUGGAUGGGAACGUUAUGAUACAGAGUGUUUUAAACUCUGAUGAUGUAGCUUCAAAGCCGUCUCAUCAG